AUGGGUUAUCCUGGAAGACUCCUGGAAAUAGAGUUACCGCUUACGCUUUUGUGUCAACAUUUAGACGAUUUAUGGGAGGAGAACAGAGGAUGUGUCGUUUUGUUUGCUUGGAUGCAGUUUCUUAAAGAGGAGACUCUUGAGUUCUUGAAUGUAAAAUCACCUUACGAAAUUCAACUUUACAAUAAUGGAACACACACACCUUGAUGAAGACCCAUGAAAAAGCAAGUCACUGCAUAGUCACACCUGAAGAGGGAGCAAUUGACAGACGUGCUAUCCAAGAUAUCCAGUCAGUGUCUGCCCUUAUCAAACACAUAUUGGACUUUAAUGAGAGUCAACAAAAGAAAUGCUUUGACAGCAAACCAUUCUUAUGCAAUAUCUGUUUCUCUGAGAAACUAGGCAGCGAGUGUACAUAUUUUAAGGAUUGCAGUCAUGUUUACUGUAAUAGCUGCCUUAGAGACUACUUUGAAAUUCAAAUCAGGGAUGGAGAGGUCCAUGCACUCAAUUGUCCUGAGCCUAAGUGCACAUCAGUUGCUACACCUGCUCAGGUAAAGAUGCUGGUGGGAGACCAAUUGUUCAGCCGCUAUGAUCGUCUCCUCUUGCAAUCCACUUUGGACUUGAUGACUGAUGUUGUUUAUUGCCCUCGCCCAAGCUGUGAGACCCCUGUAAUGCAAGAACCAGGGGACACAAUGGGUAUUUGCUCAAGCUGUCAGUAUGCUUUUUGUACCCUUUGUAGAAUGACCUACCAUGGAGUCUCCCCAUGCAAAUUAUCAUCAGAGAAGCUACUUGCAUUGCGUGAUGAAUAUUUGGCUGCAGAUGAGGAUGGUAAGAAAUUUUUGGAGAAGAGAUAUGGGAAGCGAGUACUCCAGAAGGCAGUGGAAGAACUGGAGAGUGUGGAAUGGCUGGAGCAGAACUCCAAACCCUGUCCUCGCUGUGGAACCUACAUUCAGAAAAUUGAUGGGUGCAACAAAAUGACAUGCACUGGGUGCAAACAGUAUUUCUGCUGGCUGUGUAAGAACAUGUUGUCCAGAGGAAAUCCAUAUGACCAUUUUAAUGACUCUUCUUCAGGCUGUUUUAACCUGUAUGUAUAUGUCUUCAGUUUAAGUUGCUUGUGA